GGCCAUGAAGACCUGGCCACUUUCUCUUCUUUUCCUCUCUAGCCUCUUGUAUCCCUCCAUUGCAGGAGAUACCAUCACUCCAAGCACACCACUCAGCGAUGGCGAAACUUUGGUUUCAGCGGGUGGGAACUUUGAAUUAGGCUUCUUCAGCCCGGGCAGUUCGAAGAAUAGAUACUUGGGCAUUUGGUACAAGAAUAUCUCAACUCAUACAGUUGUUUGGGUUGCCAACAGAGAAGCUCCGCUUACCGACGGUACUGGAAGUCUAAACAUCAGCAGCGAUGGAAAUCUCAUCCUCUACAAUCAGGCAGCCAAGGUUUUGUGGUCGACGAAUUCAUCGAAAGCAAGCAGUCCAGUGGCACAGCUCUUAGAUACCGGGAAUUUUGUUCUGAAAGAAGGUAACAGUGAUUCACAUAGCUUCUUGUGGCAGAGUUUCAACUACCCAUGCGAUACGCUACUUCCAGGAAUGAAACUUGGAUGGAAUUUAACAACCGGUUUCGACCUAUAUCUUACCACAUGGAAGAGCACCGAUGACCCUUCACCAGGGGACUACUCAUUCAAGCUCGAUCCUCUUGGAGCGCCGGAAUUCUUCAUAUGGAAGCAAUCGACAAAAGAAUAUCGAAGUGGGCCUUGGAAUGGGAUUCAAUUCAGUGGUGAGCCUGAGAUGGAUUCUGACAACUACUUAACCUUUGAAUUUUUCAUUUAUCCACAUGCAGUAUAUUACAUGUUUAAAGUUGUAGACAGCUCGAUCAUUUCAAGGUUUAUGCUGAACCAAUCAAAGAUCCAACGAUAUGUUUGGUUUAAUUCAACGUUAGGGUGGACCCUCUAUUGGUCGAUACCAAAAGACCAAUGCGAUUAUUAUGCCGUGUGUGGUCCUUAUGGUAUUUGUAACACGAAUGACUCGCCAAUCUGCAACUGUAUGUAUGGAUUCACUCCCAAGUCACCACUAGAAUGGAAUCUCAGAGAUGGGCAUAAUGGGUGCGUGCGGAAGACAAGCUUGGAUUGCCAUGGAGACGGGUUUGUAAGAUUGUCUCAUGUCAAGUUGCCAGACACCUCAAAUUCUACUCUGAACGAGAGCAUGAGCCUUGAGCAGUGUCGGGAAAGCUGCUUGAAUAAUUGUUCAUGUGUGGCUUAUGCAAGUGCUAAUAUCACUGAAGGAGGAAGUGGUUGUAUUAUUUGGGGAAGUGAUCUGAUAGAUAUUAAGCAAUUUGUUGAUGGCGGGCAGGAUCUCUACUUCCGUCUUGCAGCAUCCGAACUGAACACAGGCUCAACUGGAGGCAACUUGAACGAGAAAGAAGUGAUAGUUAUUAUCGUCAUAUGUGUAGCAUCUGGGCUGCUGCUAUUGGUGUCAAGUGGAUGUUACAUCUGGCAUAAGAUGUUCAAAAGUAUUAAGUUAAGUGGGCGAAGGCAGUUAUCAUUUGAUUUGGCUCUUACUGCAUUAGGUUCUACUCAAGACCACCACCCACAAGAUGAAAGUAAUAGAGGGGAAGAACUGGAACUCCCCCUAUUUGAACUAAGCACCAUAGUGAUUGCCACAGCCAACUUCUCUAUCUCUAAUAAGCUUGGUGAGGGUGGCUUUGGCACUGUUUACAAGGGUGAACUUGAAGAUGGGCAGGGCAUAGCUGUGAAGAGGUUGUCAAGGCAUUCACGACAAGGCACAGAUGAGUUCAAGAAUGAGGUUAUGUUGAUCGCCAAACUUCAGCACGUAAAUCUUGUUAGACUGCUUGGUUGUUGCAUGCAAGGAGAAGACAGGAUGUUAAUCUAUGAAUACAUGCAUAAUAGAAGUCUGGACACCAUCAUCUUCGAUAAAACUAAAUGUGCACUCCUGACUUGGCAAAAACGUUUCAAUAUCAUUGUGGGGAUUGCCCGUGGACUUCUUUAUCUUCAUCAAGAUUCUAGGUUCAGAAUCAUCCACAGGGACCUCAAGGCUAGCAACAUUCUUCUAGAUAAAGACAUGAACCCCAAAAUCUCGGACUUCGGUGUGGCGAGAAUAUUUGGAGGAGAUCAGAUUGAUGCAUAUACCAAGAGAGUGGUGGGAACAUAUGGGUAUAUGUCUCCAGAGUAUGCCAUGGAUGGUAUUUUCUCGGUGAAGUCAGAUGUCUUUAGUUUCGGUGUCUUGGUCCUUGAAAUCAUAAGUGGCAAGAAGAACAGAGUAAUUUAUAGUGCUGAGCCCAACCUCAACCUCCUUAGUCAUACAUGGAAACUAUGGAAGGAAGGCAACGGCUUGGAGCUGCUAGAUAAGUCGAUGGGUUGUUCUUAUUCCAUUAAUGAAGUACUCAGAUGCAUACAGGUGGGCCUCUUAUGUGUUCAGGAUAGAGCCGAGGACAGACCACAUAUGUCAACCGUAAUUUUGAUGUUGGGUAGUGCAAGCACGAUGCUACCACUACCAAAGCAGCCAGGUUAUUGUAGCGAGAGAAGUGCAAUAGAUACGGAACGGUCUUCGAGUUGCACUGUUAAUGAAAUAACAAUGACAAUGUUAGCCAGUCGUUAGAGGACUGGCCUAUCAUUAGAUGAAGGUCAAUGCCAGUUUGGAACUAGGUAGCCUUUGGCUAAGAAAGAUUACCCAGUCUCACACUCACUUAUGUGACAGUUCAAAAGAAAUGUCUCUUCCCUGUAUACAUUUGUCGCAAAAAAUUUUGCUACUGAAAGAUUAAAUGAAUGUAUUACAUUAAAAA